GCAAAAUGGAUACCACACUAACAAGAAUGGAUGCUACUUUUAGGCGAACUAUGACUUCAGUGACUGAUCUUUUGUUUCCAGUAAAUAAAGGAAAAGAUGAAUUAAGACAACAAAUCAUUCGGAAAACCCAUGCAUAUGUCACCAAUCUUCCACUGCAGAUGUUGCUGUACUUCAAUUGUUUUUAUUUUCCUUUUUGGUACAUUGGCAGCUUAGUAAUAUUAGAUUUAAAGUGGCAAAAGCUUGAUGAAUUGUACAGAAUUGUUCUUGUAGCUGUUUACAUUGUAUACUUCAUUAUUGAAGUUGUCCGUCUCUAUCUGGGUUACCUAGGAAACCUCAUGGAAAGGGUACCAGAACUUGCAGGCAGCUGGCUGUUGACACUACUCCUGACAACUCCCCUGAUUCUUCUUCUUUUAGUGAAUGACAAUGCUAGGGUUCUUCCUCUAGAACGAGCGUUACAUAUAGUCAUGGUGAUAAUGGUAAUAUUGGAAGUCUUCACUGGAUAUUUUGCCAUUCGAUCUAUGGUCAAUUAUCAGGUUACAAAAUAUCAUUUGCAGCAAUUUUCAGACCUAGAAAACACAGACGAUAAUGGGGAAUAUUUUCCAGAGACAAGAUAUACCAGCUAAACUAACCACAUUAACAUUAUU